UACCUAUACCUUUAUAUUACCCUUUUCUUUUAUAAUUACAAAUUUAAUGUUAAUUUGAAGUUUAAUAUAUAAUCCAGAAAUAUCUUAUUGUAUAUAAUUUACAUUGGAAAUUAUAACUUAUUAAAAGUUCAAUAUUAUAUAUAAUUUCCCUGGCUUAUCAGUUAAACUGAUAAUCUCAUCUGCCCUUACUUACCCCCCAAUUUUUUAGUGCGGUCCGAUCCCUCACAUUCCACGGCCUUUAAACUAAUAGUGAUAAGGUAUUUGCAUUUGUAUUUUUACUUAUUAUUAAUAUAAGAUAUUCAUAUUAAUAAUGACUAAGGAUAUAAAUAUAAAUCAAUCUCAAAGAGCCAAAUCAGCUCAUAAAUUAGAUCAACUUCAUAAAAGACAUAAAUAUAAGAAUAGUCGAUAUAAUAAAUGUUUCCAAAAUUAUUAUCAUUCAUAUCAAUAUUUAACUCCAAAUCCAGUUUAUAUUCCUAAUAUAAAGACUUCGGUAAAUCACUGGCAAUUAAGAGAUUUACUUCAAUUUGAUGCAACCACAAAUUCUGUAUUUUAUACCAAAUCCGAUUCAGUUUAUCGUUAUAAUUUAAAUGAUAAUAUUGUUUCAAAUCAUUGUAAAUUAAAUUAUUAUCCCAGAUGUUUUAGUCAUUCUCAUAAUGGUAUACUUGUUAGCGGUGGUUUACUUAAUAGUUCAUCUAAAUUAUUCUCUAUGAAUAUUGAAAAUUUAUCUAUUACUGGUGGUUCAUCAUCAAAUUCUAGUCCUCGAAAAAUUACAAAAGGAUUAUUUUCAUUUCAUAAUCCUAAUUUAAAUAUUUCAAAGAGUGUUAGAUUAGGUGAAAUGAUAAAUAAUGGUGUAACUGUUUAUCCAACUAGUGAAAAUUCUUAUCAAUCAUUUGUUUGUAAUAAUGAUUCAUAUUUAUAUUGUGUUGAUAUUCAUAAUAAUGAUUCCAUAAAAGUAGUUAAUAAAUUUAACUGUGAAACCAAUACUUGUUUAAAUAAUGUGGUAAAAAAUCCUCUGUCUGAUAAACUUUUAACAGUCACUGGUGAUUCUACAUCAAUUUUUUUAAUUGAUCCAACAAGUUCAAAUCCAAAAGUUAAGACAAUUAAAUCAGGUCAUGAAUCAGGAUUUGGAAUAAGUUAUCAUAAUAAUGGUUAUUUAUUUUCAACAGUUUUUCAAGAUGGAAGUUGUUUAUUAUACGAUAUCAGAAAUAUUCCUGCUAAUAAUAAGCCCUUAAUAGAAAUAAAAUCAACAAGACCAGGACAUCAAUCAGGAGCUUUCAGAGUUUGUAAAUUCUCACCAGAAAAUGAAAUGACAGAUUUAUUAAUUAUUCUGGAACAUGUUGGAAGAGUACAUGUAAUUGAUUUAAGAAAUUUAAAUUAUGAUAAUGUAGAUGAUCAUCAAGUUUUAGUUGUUCCUUAUGCAUUAGAUCAAUUUGCUGAAUUUAAAAAUAAUAUAAUUAAAAAUUAUGAAAGAGCAAGUACAAAUUCAGAUUUUAUUGAAGAAGAUGAUCAGGAUUCUCAUAAGGAACAAUAUGAAUCAAAAAGAAAUUUAAUUGAAAUUUAUGAUAAUCCUAGAAUUUCAGGUAAAAGAAGAUCAUCAAAUUUAGCAUCUUCUUUCCCAUCACCUUUAGUUUAUGAUUAUGAUUAUUUAACAAAUGUAAAUCCAAAGUUAUUCAAAGAUUUUGUUUAUGUUCCACCUCCUCCACCUAUUAUAAAUUCUAAAAUUGAUAUUAAAUCAUCAAACAUUCCUGAUUUCAAUUAUCCAGAAUGGAAUAAUAAUCAAUUACCAUUUAAUAAUAAUGAAAAUCAUCACGAAACUAAAUUUGAUAAUAUUUCUCCUACUGCAUCUCAAAGACCAUCAUUUGCAGAAAUAGAUAUUGAAAUUCAAAGAGGAGAAGAAGAAUACGAACGAUCAAGAAGACAAGAUGGUGAUGAAUUUGAAGAAGGAGAUCAAGAAGAUAUUAAUAAUGAUUAUGAUUACGAUUAUGAUUAUUUUAAUGGUUAUCAAUAUAAUCUUGAUUAUAACUAUAAUAGUCCUUCUAAUAAUGUUAGUAGUGGAGGUAUGCUUAGAACUUCAUCUAUUCUUCCUCAAGUUUCAACUUCUAUGGAUAGUUAUGCUAAUUAUUCAGCAAAUAAUUGUGAUGAUUCAUUCCAACAAUCUAUUAAUCAUAUCCAUGGAGAAAUGGAAUUAUCUGGUAUUGAAUUCUGUUUCUCUAAAUAUGAUACGAAUUCAAAAAUCCUCAUUGGAUGUCAAGAUGCUGGAAUUGUGCUGUGGGAUGUUAAUACUGCAGCCAGAAGAAGUUUUGGUAAAUUUGACUACGUUUGAAAGUCAAUCUCAUGUUUACGUUUAUAAACAGUUAGGUCCAGGUUCAUACUGUUUGGUUUAUUUAUUUCAUUUCAAUAAUAUAAUUUGGCAUACUUGGUCUAGUAUAAUAAAAUUACUUUAGCCCAAGUCUUCCUCUAGAGUAUGGAUCUAUUUCGGAUCCGACUCUAACCUCUAUUCAUAUUUUUUCUUAUAUUAUGUUAAUGGCAUAAUAUUGCAUUCGUUCUAAUUUUGUCUUUUUUAGUUAAUCUCGUCAUUAUUUCCGUAUUGUUUGUCAUUUCCUUUCCUCAAUAUACACCUUUAUUUCCUGUCA